UUUUGUUUUGACUCUUGAGGAGAGCCGAGAGGCACGUACUUGUAGGCUGGACAAGCCACCCAUGGCCAUGCAAGGCCAACUCCUGAUACAGCCUGGUCACCAACAAAAUUCAUUCACUAAUAAUCAACAGAUACAGCCUGCAAUGAAUCAACAGCAGCAGCAGCAGUUAUCGCCUGCUCAGCAGCGUCAAGCACAUAUGCACCGUUAUAAUAUGAUUAUUCAGGUCACUAAACAAUCGCACCCAGACCAGCCGCAGUCAAACGGCCACCAACCACAAUCAUCUCAUUCCACUGAUGGUCUCAUUAAUGGCGCUGCUGUCAACGGUCACUCUGCACCACAGUCUGUUCCAGCUCCCCCCAUUACCCCCGUAUCAUUCACUCCAGAUCAAAUAUCUGCUUUACGCGCUCAGAUAAUGGCCUACAGACUCGUCACCCGCGGUUCCCCCAUCCCAGACCACCUGCAGCAUGCAAUUCGCGUUCCCAACACCGCCGUCCCAGAUCUCGAAAACCUUCUGCAGGGCCCAGACGUGCCCUCCCGUAUAGUUGACAGCGCUGCUAAAAUACAGAAAGGCCAAAUUGCCCCGCCCCCACCUACUGAAACACCUGUGCCAGUUGAAGUCAUAAAAGAAGAAGAGCAUGGUCCUCCCAUCGACCCUGCUGAUCUUCCCAAAGGUCCUUUCCUCGAAGAAGCAGUAGACUCUGGCGUGUACCCGUAUAACGCAUUCAAGCUUCCCUUCUCCCACCUCGAGCGCCCACCCAACGUUGACCCAACUAUGGUCGCAACGCGCCUUCAGCGCCUCCUCAUUCCCUCCAUAAUGCCUGCAGGCCUCGACGUGCACCAGAUCAUCAACGAGCGCGAUCGCUUCAUCGAAGCACGCGUCCAACAGCGCAUCAAAGAGCUCGAGGAGAUCCCAGCCACCAUCGGUGAUGGGAACUUUGAUUCUCUGGCGGACGUUAUCCUCGGCUCGCACAAGCGAGAGCCCGUCAAUGACAACUCAGCGCUGUCCCCACACGGGAAGCUACGCGCAAUGAUCGAGCUCAAGUCCCUCAAGGUGCUCGAGAAGCAACGCGCUAUGCGCGCGAUUGUUGCGGAGCGCCUGAUCCAAGGCACCCUGCUCCCGCUGAACCGCGUGGACUUUAGACGGGCCCGCAAGCCUACACUCAGAGAUGCACGCAUGACUGAGCAGGCGGAACGCAAGCAACGUAUCGACCGCGAGAGGCGUGCAAAACACAAGCACGUCGAACAGCUCGGCAUCAUCUGCCAACACGGACGAGACAUCAUCGCUGUGAACCGUUCUGCGCAGGAACGAGUCGCGAAGCUCGGGCGUGCCGUGUUGUCGUUCCAUGCGUUCACUGAGAAAGAGGAGCAGAAGCGUAUCGAGAGGAUAUCGAAGGAGCGUUUGAAGGCGCUUAAGGCGGAUGAUGAGGAGGCGUAUAUGAAGCUUAUUGAUACAGCAAAGGAUACGCGCAUCACCCAUUUGCUGCGGCAGACGGACGCCUAUCUCGAUUCGCUUGCGCAGGCUGUCGUGGCGCAGCAGAAUGAGUCUGGCCCCUUGGAUACGAACUUUGACCAAGAGGAAGGCCCCGCAAAUGAGGCCACGUUUGGCGCCCAGGGCAAGGUGGACUACUACGCUAAGCUCAAGGACUACCAGCUCAAGGGCUUGCAAUGGAUGCUCAAUGGUAUCCUUGCAGAUGAGAUGGGUCUCGGUAAAACCAUCCAGACCAUCUCACUGGUUACCUUCCUAAUCGAGGUCAAGAGACAACGCGGGCCUUAUCUCGUCAUCGUGCCUCUAUCAACAAUGACGAACUGGUCCGGCGAAUUCGCAAAGUGGGCGCCGACGGUGAAAAUGAUCUCGUACAAGGGCAACCCUGCGCAACGUCGCAACCUCCAAGGCGAACUGCGGAUGGGCCAGUUCCAGGUUCUGCUCACUACAUAUGAGUACAUCAUCAAGGACCGGCCUAUCCUCAGCAAACUCAAAUGGGUGCAUAUGAUCAUCGACGAGGGACAUCGUAUGAAGAACACCCAGUCAAAACUUGCGCAGACGCUCACGCAAUACUACCAUUCUCGCUACCGCCUCAUCCUCACCGGUACCCCCCUUCAGAACAACCUUCCCGAACUUUGGGCCCUCCUCAACUUUGUCCUGCCCAAGAUCUUCAACUCCGUGAAGUCAUUUGACGAGUGGUUCAACACGCCAUUCGCGAACUCGGGUACAGGGGACAAGAUCGAGUUGAACGAAGAAGAGGCUCUGCUCAUCAUCCGGCGAUUGCAUAAGGUGUUGCGGCCGUUCUUGUUGAGAAGGUUGAAAAAAGACGUGGAGAGUGAACUUCCGGACAAGGUGGAGAAAGUGAUCAAAGUUCGCAUGAGUGCCCUGCAGAGUCAGCUGUAUAGGCAGAUGAAGAAGCACAAGAUGAUCGCCAAUGGGAAGGAUGCAAAGGGCAAAUCUGGAGGGGUGAAAGGUCUGAGCAAUGAGCUCAUGCAGCUGCGCAAGAUCUGUCAACAUCCGUUCUUGUUCGAGAGCGUCGAGGACAAGGUCAAUCCCACCGGGCUCAUCGACGAUAAAUUGGUCAGGUCAGCUGGCAAACUCGAGCUUUUGUCGCGCAUCCUUCCCAAGUUCUUCUCAACGGGUCACAGGGUCCUUAUUUUCUUCCAAAUGACGAAGGUCAUGGAUAUCAUGGAAGAUUUCUUGAAGAUGAUGGGCUGGAAGUAUCUCCGUCUUGACGGUGGUACGAAGACGGAUGAGCGUGCCUUGCAUGUACAGCAAUUCAAUGCGAAGGAUUCGGAGAUUAAAGUCUUCAUCCUCUCAACGCGAGCUGGUGGUUUAGGUCUCAAUUUGCAGACUGCAGAUACGGUUAUAAUGAAUCCCCACGCUGAUCUUCAGGCUCAAGAUCGUGCUCAUCGUAUCGGCCAGACCAAGGCUAGUGUCGAAGAAGCCAUGUAUGCUCGCGCGCGAUACAAGCUCGAUAUCGACGACAAGGUCAUCCAAGCCGGUCGGUUCGAUAACAAGUCGACGCAGGAAGAGCAGGAAGAAUUCUUGCGGUCCAUCCUCGAAGCAGACCAAGAGGAGGAGAACGAAGAAGCUGGUGACAUGAAUGACGAUGAACUUAACGAAAUGUUGGCAAGAAAUGACGAGGAGGUUGAGAUUUUCCGCUCGAUGGAUCUUCAGCGAGAACGGGAUGCGUUGGACGCAUGGCGCGCGGUCGGCAACAGGGGGAAACCGCCGUUGCCCCUCAUGCAACUUGAAGAGUUGCCUGAGUGCUAUCAGACGGACGAACCGUUCGAGCCGAAGGAGAUUGAUGAUGCUAUCGAGGGCCGUGGUCAGCGUCGUCGUAAUAUCGUCAAUUAUAACGACGGUCUCAGCGAUGAGCAGUGGGCGAUGGCUGUGGAGGAUGGCGAGGAUUUGCAGGAACUCGUUGAUCGUGCUCGUGGCAAGAAAGAACGACGGGCUGCCAACAAGCUUCUGAAGGACACCGAUACACCUGGUCGUAAUACUCCAGCGUCAGAUGUGGGUGUUGGGCGCAAAGGGAAGAAGGGCAAGGGCAAGAUGACUGCCAACGACUACGACACACCUGGUGUGGCUGGCAAGCGGAAACGUGGGAUGAAGUCCAUGUCUGUGACGCCUUCGGUGAUCGAUGACGACGACGAAGAGCGUGACAUGAAACGACGGAAAACGAAGGCGGGUGACAUGUCGCCUGCAAUAAGGGAUAAGAUGAAGAAGGCUUUCAACGAGGUUCUCAGAGCGGUUCUUGCUUGUGAAGACAAGGAUGGUCGGAAACGCUGCGAACUUUUCCGGGAGCUCCCCGACAGGAGAGAUUACCCCGAUUAUUAUCAGUUAAUCACGCAUCCGAUCGCCUUGUCCCUACUUCGAAAGCGGGGUAACACUGGACAUUACAAGAGUAUCACGCACUACAAAGAGGACUGGAAGCUCAUGUUCGACAACGCGCGGACGUAUAACCAAGAGGGCUCGUGGGUAUACAUAGAUGCUGAGGAGAUGGAAAAAGUGUUCCACGACACGUUGGAGAGAGUCACUGCUGGGACGGGACUACCUGGUGCCUCACCAACUCUAGGUGGACCGUCAAGCUCCGCAGCAUAUGACUCCGCGCUUACGCCUAUGGACGAGGAUGAGCGGCCGCAGCGGGGCAGGGCUCGGAGUGCUGGUCGCAAACAGGUGAUCAGUGAUGAUGAAUACCUGACGCCGAGUGAUGAUGAGUAGAUAUUUCUUUAUCGCAUUCUUGAUCUGCGUUUUCGUUUUGUUCUUUCCUCGUUUUUAUGACCAUCAAUUUUGGAGUAUAUGUAUUGGUACACAAUAUUAUUAUCAGACACAUGUGAGAUGAAG